UCUCUCUCUCUCUCUCUCUAUUAACGAACGUAACAAGAGAGAGAAAAGGAAGGAGAGAGAGUGGGGGUAAAAUAGGAAGAGAUGAGCAGCAGCGGAGGAGCGACGCAGGGACCGCACUCGCUCGCCUUCAGGGUGAUGCGACUCUGCAAGCCUUCUUUCCACGUCGAUCCUCCCCUCCGUAUUGAUCCUUUCGAUCUUCUCGCCGGCGAGGAUUUCUCCGACGAUCCCUCCUUGCUCCAACGCCAUCUGUCUUCUUCAGCCGACGCCGUCGACUCCGAUCUGAGUUACCGGAACAGGUUCAUCAUAAACCAGGCAACGGAUCCAAUCGGUCUAUCAGGUCUUCUCCUACUUCCGCAGUCAUUCGGGGCGAUCUAUCUGGGAGAGACCUUCUGUAGCUAUAUAAGCGUCAACAACAGCUCCACUUCCCAAGUUCGGGAUGUUACCAUCAAGGCAGAAAUUCAGACAGAGAGGCAGAGGAUUCUUCUUCUGGAUACAUCCAAAUCUCCUGUUGAAUCCAUAAGGACUGGUGGCCGCUAUGACUUUAUCGUUGAACAUGAUGUUAAAGAGCUCGGAGCUCACACGUUGGUUUGCUCUGCCUUGUACAAUGAUGCUGAUGGUGAGCGUAAAUAUCUUCCCCAGUUCUUCAAGUUUGUCGUUGCUAACCCUCUCUCCGUCAGGACCAAGGUUCGAGUUGUAAAGGAGACUACUUUUCUUGAGGCUUGCAUUGAGAACCAUACUAAAUCAAACCUCUUUAUGGACCAAGUUGAUUUUGAACCUGCCAAGCAAUGGAUUGCUCUCAGAUUACAUGAUUAUGAUCAUCUUCCCCCAACCAGUGAUCUUGGUGGAAUAAUACCUACUCCGCCCGUUAUUAUCCGAUCUGGUGGCGGUAUCCACAACUAUCUCUAUAAGUUAGUCCCAUCUGCUCAUGUUUCUGGGCAAUCCAAAUUCCAGGCAAGUAGUAUCCUCGGUAAAUUUCAAAUUACUUGGCGCACCAAUUUGGGAGAACCUGGCCGCUUACAGACCCAACAAAUCCUUGGCGCUCCAGUCAGCCGCAAAGAGAUUAAUAUGAGAGUUUUGGAGGUUCCAACUGCUAUACACUUAAAUACACCCUUUUCGGCAUCCUUCAAUCUCGCAAACCAAACUGAUAGGCAGUUGGGACCCUUCGAGGUUUCACUAUCACAAGAUGAAUCACAAAUGGAGAAGCCGGUUGCCAUUAACGGUCUGCAGAAACUGAUGUUACCAAGGCUUGAGGCAUUUGGAUCCAAGGAUUUCCAAUUGAACCUGAUCGCCUCCAAAUUAGGAGUCCAGAAAAUAGCUGGGAUCACAGCCUUGGACACAAGAGAGAAGAAAACAUACGAGCUUGUUCCAGAGAUGGAGAUAUUUGUAGAGGCGGACCAGUAAUCUUCCGGGUGAUUGUUAUUCCACCAAAGGUCUUGUGAUUGCAACACAUUUGUGGCAUUCAAGUUUUUUUUUUGUUUUGUUGAUUAGUGUUAAAAAUAAAUUUGGUUUAGAUGGAGAAAAAGAAGUAAACGGCUCUCAACCUAUUGUAUCUUGUUGCAGAUUAUUUGUUUUUUUUUUAUUUUUAUAAUUUUUUUUUUGAACCGAUAUUAAUUUUUUUUUUUUUUAUAAUUGAUUGAAAACUAUUUGUUGUUUGUAA